AUGCAGCGUUCAUCAUUGUCACCCAAAUUCGCCGUACCAUCUAGCGACAAGCGUAGGCGCCUGCUCGAGGGGACGUCGGAUGGGAGGCCGGGGAGUGCAAGAGAAGGCGUUGUUUCCAGUCCCAGGAGAUCAACCCCGAGGCGGUCGAAAGUCAAUGGGGUCGAUGCUAGUGCGCCCGUGGCGCCGGUGGUCGUGGAAAGGUUGCCAAAAUCAGUGAUUGUGUCCGACACGGACGAGGAGCGAAGCGCGAAAGCGGCGUGCGGCGAACGGAGAGGCGGCGGCAGCGAGCAACGGCAAGAUCACGUCGGCGAUGGUGGCACAGCGUCUCGGCCUCAGAAAGCGCCUGCCUUUGCCGACGGCCGCGACUGGCCUCGGAAUACGGUAGUGCCAUCACCGCCGUUGCCGCCGUCACCGUCCAGCCCGGGAUCGGCGUCGGCGGUUCUUACCGCGAGCGCUCCGGGGAAGGAGCUCGCCGCGGUCGUCACUGACGCUGGCGCCGAGGUUGGUCCUAAGGGCAGCGGCGGUAAAUGUCGCUCAGCCGAGCCCUCCGGCGGACGCGGAGAAGCUGCGGGGGCGGCGAACGGAGGCUCGGCGAAGACGUCCACGCUGAGUAAGCGGCGACGUGGGCCUGAUAAGCUAGAAACGGCUUCCGGAGGAAUGGCUGGCGUUUCUGGUGGUGAAGUUGUCGGCAGUGCCAGGUCCGGUGGGGGGCGGACGGCGGCUCCACAGCGCGCGGGGGCGGAAGCGGGGAGAGGAGAGGGAAAGAAGGACGCAGGGGCCCAGGCGAACGUGAACGGAGGACCGCCACAAACGCCUGGCCCUGCUGGCGCUGCUUCUUACACCGCUGGUUAUGAUGGUACUGCUAUUGGCUCUGCCGCUGCUGCCGCUUUGCCCUCACGCUUUGCUUCUUCUGCCCCCGCCGCUGCGAUUUCUACCCCCGCCCCAAGUCCCCCUGCUGCCGCCGCCGUCGCUGCCGGCAUCGGCAAGAGCGCGCGGACCGGACCGGAGUCCACCACCACGACAGGCGCUGCUAGCCAGUGCCCCCGAAAAAAGAUCGAGCUAGCGAAGUUUGAGGCGAUUCAAAACCAAGCGUACAGACAGGCCCAGGAGCACUGUCGGAAGCAACUCGCCCCUCUGGAGGCCGAGCGCAGGGCCGUGGAGGCCAAGCUAGAGGCCAUGAAGCAGACGCUCCGGAAAACGAUGAGGGACGCCCACGACAAGCGGGUGAGAUAUGUAGAGUUGAACAGCAGCGUGAAGGGCGAACGUAUCCCGAAUGCUGAUGAAUGUAUCUCACGGACGGCUGGUAACAUCCUGCGGGGUAAAGCCGUGGCCCGAGUUUGUUCGCGGGCUUGA